UCUAAAGAUGCUAAAACUAUCUGCUUUGCAGGAGUGACAACUGUCUUGACAAUGACAACGCUGAGUAUCAGCGCACGUAACUCUCUCCCCAAGGUGGCCUACGCCACGGCCAUGGACUGGUUUAUAGCAGUGUGCUAUGCCUUUGUGUUUUCGGCUCUCAUCGAAUUUGCAACCGUGAAUUACUUCACAAAGAGAGGUUACGCAUGGGACGGCAAAAGCGUCGUUCCUGAAAAGCCAAAGAAAGUGAAGGAUCCUCUCAUUAAGAAAAAUAACACAUACACAGCUGCAGCUACGAGCUACACCCCUAAUAUUGCAAGGGACCCUGGGCUGGCAACCAUUGCUAAAAGUGCAACAAUAGAGCCCAAAGAAGUUAAACCAGAAACAAAACCUGCAGAACCCAAGAAAACUUUUAACAGCGUCAGCAAAAUCGAUCGACUAUCAAGAAUAGCCUUCCCAUUGCUUUUUGGAAUCUUUAAUUUAGUCUACUGGGCUACCUAUUUAAACCGGGAGCCCCAGCUAAAAGCCCCAACUCCACACCAAUAACCUCAUUUACUCACAUAGUUCUGUUUUGUGUUUUGCGCUGGGAAUUGCUUUUAGUUUCCACAUAUAGUAAUUCCCGUUUGCUUCAUUGCCUCUGUCUUAAAGAAAAUAAAGGUUUCUUUAUUUGACAAAAAGUAAAAUAUAUCUAUAUACUUAAACAAAACCCCGUGUGUGAAGGAAAGAACAAUGUGAGCAACAUGCUUUUAAAAAGUGAUUCUGAAAAAGAGAAGGGAAGAGGUCUAGCAAGGAGAAACAGGAAACCAUUUGCAGGUAGCGUAUUACUGAAUGUCCCCAAAAGAUAUUGUAUAUGUACGUGAAAAAGAUAUUUUUAUUCAAAGGAUUUGGGGGAGUGGGAAAGUGUUCUUUAUGACGUUCAUGUUGCACAUACUAUACUGUACUUACCAUUUAUUCAAGCACUGUUUAUAAACUUUUCAAGGCUGUAAAGCUUUCCAUUUGUUGAAUUCCAUAAGAUAUCUUAUUUUCCUAGCUUUAUUCCCUUCUAUAGGCCAAACUACUUGACUUAUAAUAUUAAAUGAUCUUAAAAGAAAAAGGAAAUCUGCUCACUCUAGGUACAGUUUAUCACUGUAUAGCACAUUUGAUCUAAUGGUAACAAAUGCUUUAAUCUGCUGUCUUACUGCAGUCUUGUUCUAAGCAUUAAGUUGUCACUAGACUAGAUGUAAAACCUGUUGCACAAUCAAAUGCAGAUCCCAAGUCCCCUUUGUCUCCUGUCUAAUCCAAACUACUCCUGGAGGCUUUUACAGGUAGCUUUUACACAUCACUAUGUUUCAGAGAGUUAAAAAUAAAACAAAAAAAGUUUUGCAAGCUCUAGAUAUGUUGAAUGUACUCUUUUAUAAAAUGAUACAUUAAAAAAGCUUUAGAUUGAAACUUAUGGAUAGCAGAAAGACAAAAUAUAGUAUUUAAAUAUAUGUAAAUAUGCAGCAUGAGAUUGUACAUUUUUUUACUUUUUUAAAGUUGUGUUCUUAAAACAUUGUGUAGGAUUCACCUCUUAGCUCUUAAUAUGUUGUUAAAUGCUCAAUAAAACAUAUUUAGAGCCUGGAUUAAAAAAAAAAUAAAUCAGUGGUACUGGAAAGCCUAAAAAAAAUACAUAGAAAGUGCUUGGAAUUAAUUCCAUUUGUAAAGUGGUUUACUGUACAGUAGCUUGCAAUUUGACAAUGUCAUCCAAUGUAUACUAUUAGAUUAAUGACUGGUUUGCUCAGGUCAUGCGUAAAUACUAAAGUAUGGGAUUAUAUUUGGUAGGUAAAAAUGGUGAAAUAUUUGUUAAGACAGAAGUUCAUCUGUAUAUUACUGCUAUAUUUGCUGAUACAUAACUGUUACAAUAAGCGAUGUAAUAUAUGUAGCAUUAAAAACAAAAAAAUCAUACACAACAGAAUGUACAGGAAAAUAGAUUUUAUUGAGUAAACUUACUACAUUUCAUUUUUACUGUAGCAAUAUAUUUGUAGGAACAAUAUGUAAGGGCUUUAAAUACAAGAUGUCCAUUUUGCAGGUAUUGUGCUCCCUUUAAAACAAUUCUAGUCAGUGUCGGUACUGCUGAUUCUUAGAAAUACAAAACGUCAGAUAAGGAAUUUUCAAAGAGCUAGGAAGACUGGUGGAUUUUUGCAAGCAUCGAUUCAGAAACUGUUAAUAUAUGGUAUUGAAUAAACUUAAAAAUAAUGCUACAUGAGCCUUCAGAGAAAGAGCUAAUGAGACUCAAAUUUCAUAUUCAUGUUUCAGGCAAUGUUUUAUAAACUUUCUCAAUAAAUCAAGAAGAUGCCAUUCUACAUCUAAAAAAGAAAAUAGUUAAUCUUUUAUUUAAAAAAAAGAUUUUUUUUAAAAUCAUGCUUCAUUGUCUAACAUUUAGUCUUGUCUAAACUUGAUAAGUUAUCUGAUUGGAGCUUAAUAAAAGGGGGUGUUUCAUCUUCUGGUAUCGUGUAGAUAUAUGUAUAGAAAAAAAUAAACUAUGGCUCUUUAACUUCUGUGUACUUGUUUAUCUUGUUAUUUUUGGCGUUAAUCUAGUGUGUCCAUUUAGGGCAUUUUAUCUUUCUAACAAUUCAUAGCUACCUUUUGGUCUGCAUUUUGCACAUUAGAUGUGAAUAUUACUUAACUAGUCUGCUUUUUGCUAUGCAAUGACUGCAUUAUAUCACCUCUUAGUUUGUUAGUCUAUGAGAAUAGUAUUAUACUGUAUAAACUUGAUUGCACAGUUUAUCAAAGACAAGGUAUUCUCUAUGUAGCUUUUUUACAGUGCUUUGCUAAACCAUGUAAUAAUAGUAAGUCUUCCUUGAAAAUAAUGAUACACUCUUAUAGAGGACAGUUUCUGUUUACUCCUGGGAUAAUUUUAAAAAAGAUGACAUUGAAUGUUUAUUGCACCUCAGUGCAGUGAUGUGGCAAUAAAAUCUAAAUCUAAUAGAGGUUGUUUAUGGCAGAAGCAUGUAUUGCUUUACAGAGUUUAGCAAAAGCUCUUUAUUUUAUGUCAGACUGUAAUUCUAUUAUAAUAAUAAAGCUAAAAAUGUUCAAUAAUGACA